UUUGGCUACAUGCUUACCAGAAAACAUCAGAGAAACCAACAAGAAUAAAUGUUGAUGUCUUGAAGACUGUAAUCCCUAAAGACCUGCUUUCCAAUAUCCAACAGUAUCCAACAGUAUCCAUCCCUUGGCUGCCAUUUUUGUUCUCACCUCUGUAAUCCUACCAUAUGGUAGACCUUUUUUGCUUUCCCCAUUUUCAUUUUUGCAUCUGAGGAGUGGGAAAAUGAGCAGAACAAAGCAAGUGGGGGGUUUGAGGGAUCAUUGGAAAGCAAGUCUUUGUGCCACGGCCAGCUGGACGUAUAAAGAGACGUGGGCGGGAACAUCGGAGAAAGUGAGAGCGACGCAAGACCAAAAGCUGGAGAGUGUGACGUUUGGAAAGUGCAAAGGGGAUGGUGCUGCGCUCUGCAGUCGAUUGUGCAUUCAGAUGCACUCAAGCACAACUUCUCGUUCUCAGCCAUGUUGCCCUUGAAUUGCGCUACGGACGCUACCGAAAUUCAUUCAUGUUUGGGGAGGACACAAAUGUUUGUGCACUUAUCCCAGAAGAAUGACUCUCAGUUCAUGUUCAAUCAACCAGAUAGCAAUGUUUACCACUUUCCAGCAUGAGCUUGAAAUGGCUUCUUUUUUCUGGGACGGACGGACGGACGGACGGACGGAGGUGUUGGUGCCGGGGCGCCUCCCCUCCCAACAUCUUCCCCCUCUUUUCCAUUUCCCAAGCAAAAAGGGCCCAAUGAGGAGGAUGAAUGGGAGCCAGAGAGUGAGCUAAAGGCUCCCCAGGCAGGCAGGCAGGCAGGCAGGCAGGUAGGCAGGCAGGCAGGCAGGGUUAUGGAUUAUCACGUUAAACGUAUCCAGUGGGUUGGAAUUUUGUAAUUCGCUCUGCAUGCGUGUGGCACCUCCAACCAAUGUGGCUUUUUGGAUUCAAUAUGAAUGUCAGCGUGUGGCUACUUUAUGUAUCUUGGCUCUCUACUUGGGCUGAGUACUCACACAGGUGCAAAUGCCAAGAUCUGUGCUCAACACAACUGGAGCAGAAGAAGCCAAAGGUGCAUUUGCGCAAUUCUCUGGGAUCUCGGCACACAGCUACCAGGAGCAGGCCACACCACAGAAAAGGCGCCAGAGUUUGUGCGGACGACGUGCCACCCCGUAUCGUGCACCACCCCUCUGAUGUUGUGGUGAAAUUUGGAAAACCCGCCACGUUCUCCUGCCGGGGAGAUGGCAACCCGUCGCCGAGCAUCGAGUGGCUGCACAACGGCCAGCCUCUCCAGAUCUCCAAAGGAGAUGGCCGAGCGCAGCCCAUGGUUUUGUCAGAUGAUAGGCUCUUCUUCCUGAGUGUUGCUGGCAAAUCCCAUGAAGGUAUCUACACGUGCGUGGCUAGGAACAGUGCAGGAACAGCCAUUAGCCACAAUGCGUCCUUGCACAUUGCAGCACUACAGGAGGCCUUCACCGUGCAGCCCAGUGACGUGGAGGUGGCAGAGGGGGAGGUGGCUGUUUUCAACUGCGCCCCCCCAGUGGGACACCCAGAACCUAACAUUAUGUGGACAAGAGAUGGCUUGCCAAUCAACUACACUGAUUUCCACUACACUGAGCUGAAUGGAAAGCUUAUCGUCGCUCCUGCAGAGAAGAACCACUCCGGUGCCUAUGUGUGCGUGGCCAGCAACACUAUGGGGGUGCGCGAGAGCAGAGCAGCUCGACUUACUGUGCUCGCAAAACCCAUUUUAGUGGUCAAGCCAGAAAAUGUCUCGGUGAGAGUGGGAGAGUCUGCCCAGUUCUACUGUCAGGCAAAGGGGGACCCUCCGCCUGCCGUGGUCUGGAGCAGAGACCAGGGGCCGCUUCCCAAUGGAAGAUAUCUUAUGAAUCCAGACCAGACGCUUCAGAUCCAUUACGUGAGCAGCCAAGAUGCUGGCAAGUACAUUUGCACUGCAAUCAAUCAUGUUGGUGUGGUCAGCGCCACUGCACAGCUGCUGGUUGAAGCUGCCGCCAGCACUAAACAGAAAGAUCUCCAUAUAGAAGUGUCUGCCCUGCGACUGGCUCUGGAAAAUGUCACCAUGGUAGCCCCGGGCUCCAACAUCGCUCAAGUGCAAUGGAAGCUCCAGUCAGCACCUAGUCAUUACCUGGACGGCUUUGAAGUACUCUACCGUUCCCUUCUACCUGCCGGCUCAGACUGGCUUGCAAAAAAGGUGACGGCGGCAAACUUUCACACACACGUCGGCCCAUUAAGGAGAGGCUAUAAAUACGAGUUUAAGGUUCGUCCUUACGGCAGCGGUUUAUACGGCCGGGAGAGUAACACCCGGCUCCUGAGAGUUCCGGAGACACUUCCCAGUGCAGCCCCACUGGCUGUGUCCAUAACUAUUAACCACGAUGGCAAUAGCUCUAUCCACCUGAACUGGGAACCUCCUCCAUCUGAAACUCACAACGGGAUCAUACAAGGUUACCAGGUGUGGUGUGUGGAGUCCGACGAGCAGCUGUACCAAAACUGGACUCUAGAUAGCAAGCAGCACUGGCUUGAUAUUUUUUCCCUACAAGCAGGCAAGCGCUACUGGAUUACCCUUGCAGCAGUGAAUGGGGCUGGGGUCGGGGUGCCAAGUGACCCCCAUGGAUUUGUCAUAAAUCCACAGAUAAGAAUGACCUCGGAGUCAGAAAGCCACAGACCGGAUCAGUCCCCCUUGCUUACGCUGCUCCAGGACCCUGUAUUGAUUGGCAUCAGUUGCGCCCUCUUGUGGUGUAUUUUGACCAUUGCAGCUGUUUGCCUCCUGAAACGCCACAGCAAAAUGCGUCACCUAAUACAAGGACGUGAUAGGGCUAAAGGUUUUCAAAGACAAGCCAGUGACGAUAUCUUCAUCAAUCACAGGAUGACAUCUUCAGACUCUCCAUGGAUCUCCGGGAGUUGGAGACCCCCUUUUAACAAGAAGUACCAAGACAUGUGGGCUCAAGAUCACAAACCAAAAGUCCCGAGCAAGAAGCACCCGAGCUGCGUGGACUCGGCCGUUCCCAUCGUGACUGACAACUGUGGCGUCUAUGGCACCUUUUAUGUUGACCUCAUGGCAAAUGGGCUCAAGACCUUCAACAGCCCCAGGCCUUUCCCCAAAAUGCCUCAUGCUUUGCCGCAGGAGCAAGGCUUUGAGACCAUUCAGAUUUUCACGCAGCCACGCACAAGUAGGGAGAUGUUACCGUGGAAACGGUCCAUACGGCCUCAGCCCAAAAUGGGGCUUUUGAGGGAGUCGUGGCACCAAAAAUACAUCAAGCAAGAGUUACAUGCUGUGAACAGCGUCCCCAUAUUCCAAAGCAGGACCCAGGUUCCUCCAUCUUCUCUCAACCCACACAGAUUCAGUCAGGUUCCAUCGGGCCAGCUUGAGUACCAUCAGUUUGCCGACUGUCUUCGGGGGCUGCACGAUUCCGUGUCGCUACAAGUAAUUGACGCGCGGCCACCGCCGCAACUUUUCAACUCGGACGAAGCUACAGACACGCACAGCGUGAGCUCAGACGAAGGAUCCAGCCGCUCCACAAAGCUAACAAUGGAUCUGGGCUCUCUCCAGUCAGUGUGUGAUAUCUCAGGCGACUACCUGCAGCCAGGUUCCACCAAUACCACUAACUACCACUCGUACCGAGCUCUAGAUGAAGAACAUGAUGGCACGCUGACUGCACAGGAAGCCACUCAGUAUCUGGAACUUCGUCCACAACUUGAAAAAUCCAGUGCCCAACCUCUUACUGCCGGCGUGGAUUGCAAGUGCGAGCUCAAGCCUCGCACUCAGAUGGUCCCUGACACUUGGUCCGAGGCCCCGCCGGUUGGAUUACGCCGCGCUCGCUUUCAAAGUUCACCUUCCUCCUGUUACAGUGACUGGGACAGCUCCCUGUGGAAUACCUGGAGCUCCAUUACGGAUGGAAACUUUGCAAGUGCCCGCAGCAGCCUCAUCAGCUCAGUAGAAAGCUGCUACACCAAUGCCAGUAGCAAUUUUGCCCACUUUCUGACAACAGAGUCCGUUUCUGGAGCUUCUCUGUCAGACUUUUCUCCACCAGCCUCCCCUCUCAGCGGCCUGUUUCCAUCAUUUUGUGCUGAGGGCAAGACACCCCGAGAGAUGGACUCUGUUCCGGCGUGGGACUGGAGCAUGAACUGGAUGGAGGAAAUGGAGGCUCAGUACAGAGCCCACUAUCCUGCCACAAAUACAAAACCCUUUCAGAUGUAGGAAAGCCCAGUCUCAGGUAUCUAUAGUAAACGAGGGGCCGCUGUCCAAUAGGCCACUUUUGGGUUUCCAAAUAUAUGAUUGAUGGAUGUGUGACCUCUUUUACACUCAGUCUGAGCUUGUAUUUCGGUCAUUUUUUUUUUCUUCCUCAGGUCACUUUACGGAAGUAUAACUAGUGUAUGUAGCAUCCUGCUAAUGACUUUUGUGUUGUCAUUUUGGACCCACACCUUGUAUUAUUUUCACUCAUUCGAGAGGCAGAUAAUGAAGGAAGCUCCCUUGGGAUGUUCUCCCCUGAUGUUGUUUGAAAAAAAACAUACUGAGCCAGUGAGAUUAAGCCCGAGAAAUACAAAGUGAGCUUUUCUCACAGCAGAUGUUUUCUGCAAGAUUUUACAAGAGCUGACAGCCAGCCCCUAAUAUUUACUGGCACACAUUCGGAUUAUUUUGUUCAUACAAACAUAAAAUGGUGGCGCCAGGGAUUUGCGGCUCCAUUCAAACAAUCUGACUGUGGGGCAGUGGUUAUUUAAAGAUAUCAAAAAGUCUUUUCCCCCCCGGCUUAUUCAUUUCUUUAUAUUCACUGUAUUAAUUGCCUUUAUGCUGUAGUUUUGAAGAAGUAGAAGAUAUCUAUCUUUCAAUGUAUUUGCAUUUAAUUGAACUAAUCUGAGAUCAUAUAUGCUUGGACAGGUUUCAGGAAAUAUUUUCUACUCAUUUAACAGAUUUAUUUUGUAGUUUUGUUGGAAUUAAAUCUUAUUUGACAUUUAAUGAAUUUGAAAAAAUGUUGACAUUUGAAACGUUCCAGAAUAAAACUACUGGCUUUUUUCU